CCCUGACUCCUCCCACACCCCCUCUUCCGCUGCCGGCGUGGGACGGGCCGCGCUGCGCGUGGGGUUGCCAUGGGGACGAACGCGCGCCGCCGCCGCUGCCGCCAGGCCGCGCCGGGCUCGGGCGCCUGGAAACCGCUCCUCCUCCCGGAGGCCGCCCUCCGGUUACCAUGGCGCAGGACGCUGACAGCUGCGACCCCAUCGGAACCAUCCUAAUCCAGGUCCAUGAAGACCUUUAUCAGUUAAAGGAGAAAUUAACAAAUUUCCCUCUUGAGGAAAAAGGAGAGGCUCUAAACAUUCAGAACCUUGAAACUGCAAUCAAAAGGACUGAAAUGGGGCUAAGAAUUCACAUUGAGAAGUAUUUAAAUGUUGUAAACCAUCAUGUGUUAACAACUCCUGUUAAUGACGAUAAUUUAUAUUCUCCUCACACUUCCAGCUGGUUGCUUCCAGCUGUAAUUGAUCAGAAAUCAUUUGUUUUCCCUCUAGAAUCUGAGGGUAAACUUUGGCAAACUCAAAGACAGCAUGGUACAUUUCCACAUGCCUUUCCAAAAAUAAAGGUGAAGGUUCAGAAGUUAAUAAAAGGGUCUACAAUAGCCAACCUCACGGUUCCACCAACUUCUCACCGCACAGAUCCCUACUUCACCCCCAUACCUGUCCCACAAGCAGAUGCCAGGAAAGGGAUUUUGAGUAUGAUAGAACGAGGGCUGAUUCCACCAACAGCAAGGAUUACCUUUCAGAACCCACCCAUUAUACCAAGAGCAGCCCCUCUGCAUAAUUUGGAUGAAGCACAUAAGAUUCCAACUGCCGCCCCUUUCACUAUACCUCAGAAACCACAGCUGAUUCCAGUGGAAGCAACGAAGUUCUCUCCCAAGAAACGAAGAUCACAGGGGAAAGGCAAAAGGUCAAGAGGACAUCAUGAUAGGAAGAUCAUGAAAGUCACAACACCUCUGACAGCUGUGAAAUCACCAUGGGAUUAUGACUUUUUUAUUUAUAAUGGUGUCAUAGAUAAGACAUCCACGGACUUCUUAGCAUUCAAAGAACAUUUUCAUUUAUCUUGGGGAAGUAUUUUUUCUCUGUUGGAACACGUAGAGAAGUUUCUCAGGGACUAUGCAAUACCAGAAGUUAAAAUAAAAGGGAACAAUUUGGUAGCCUUCCUUCCAGAGUUUGAGCUGAAGCAUAGACUUACCAGAUAUGACUUCCUCUCACUGUUAGAGAACCCAAUUCACAUCCAGAUGAUGUUAAAUAUUCCGGGGCAAAGGUACAAGGGCCAAGAUGGAAGGUCAGAGGCUGCCAACAAGAUCCAAGCCACAUGGAAGUGCUUCAAAGCAAGAAAACUCUUCCUCAUUUAUCGCCAGCAGAAGUGGGCAUCAGGUGUGAUUGCCAUUGCAUGGCUCUUACAUUGCCAUAAGACCCGAGUGAAGAAGAUCCUGAAGGAAUCACGUGAGAGACACCUGGAGAAUUUCCGUAUUCGAGCCAAGCAUCUGGCAGCCAACUGGAAUCGCAUCAGGACCUCCAGGAGGACUAUUAUCCAUAUCCCAUCAUUAGGAUAUUCUCUUCCUGUGCGAAAAAAUAUUGACGACUUCAACAUACAGCAGAACAUGCAGCUGGGGAGGCUGUGUGACAUCUUAGAUGCCAAUGUGAGUGUCAUCUACAUCUGCUCCCAUCAGAUGAACGACGAGUUACUGCUAUAUUAUAAUAAAAUCCUGAGUCUACAGGCAGCUGUCAAAUCGGGGAACCUUGAGGACAGAAGUGACCUGCAGGACAGGUUCAAAAUUAUCACCCCUGAAGCUAUAAACAUCUUCCCUAAGCAUCAUAUGUGCCUGGCCACUUACCUGAUGUACAGUCCCAAGGCAAUCAAAAGAAUAAAAAAUCUCAUCCAAGGAAAAGAGACCUACAUCGUCAGCGGGCUCCUCCACAGAGAUGAUUUGGCCGUGGCAGAUAUGUUAAACAUACCCAUCCUGGGUCCAGAGCCUGAAAUAGCUCAUCUUUAUAGUAGCAAGUCAGGAAGCAAAUGGGUCUUUGACAGUGCUGAUGUGCCAGUCCCUCCUGGAGUAUAUGGCAUCUAUCGUCACCAACAGAUGCUAGAGCAGCUGGGUCAGCUGGUCAUAGAUCACCUGGAAAUCCAGCGCUGGCUCUUUAAAAUGGACUAUGAGUUUAGAGGAAACGGGACUGCAUUUUGUGACAUUCCUUCCCACCUGGAGUGCUAUGACUGGUUCCUAAAGGAGAGGAGCAGAUACGGCUAUGAGGACUGGAGGAAGAAAUGGGCACAGGAGCCAGCUUUGGUGAAGAUCUCCGAGGAGCUGGCGGGCAUUUUAGCACAGCACGCACAGCCAGUCAAUGAGAAACGGUUCCCGACGUGGAGGAAAUUCCUCCAAACAUUUCUCAGUCAAGGAGGCACAAUGGAAGCAUACCCACCUGUAGAAAGUGUCACCAACCUGACGGUGGAUAUGCUGAUAGAACCCAAUGGAGAAAUCAGAGUGCUGUCAACGGGGGACCAGCUUCAUGCAGAAGGCCCCUUCAUCUCUUCUGGUACCACCGUGCCUCAGACUUCGGUGGAUCCCCAAGUUCUCACCUCUUUGUGCCUCAAAAUCGGAAAUGCUUGUAAAAUGAGAAAUGUGGUUGGUUACUUUUCUGUAGACCUGGUGACAUUCAUUGAUCCAAGCACCAUGGGACAGCAGGUGUGGGCAACAGGUCUCAGCCUCUCAUACAGUGACCAGCUGGCCCUUACUCAGCUCACCUUAUACCUGACCGACGGCCAUCUGGAUUGCAGUUUGAGCACCCUGAAACUGCCCUGCUUUGUUCCCAAGAAAGAGAAGAAAAUGAGCUGCCUUAAUGCCCUCUCAGUACCGUUGCCAGCAACCAGUCGCUAUGCAGUGAUGACCACCCAGCUGAAACAUGACAAUCUAUCCCUGGUUUUCCACUAUGUUUUCCUCCAAAUGUGUAAAGCCCAUGGCAUCGGCUAUGACAUUGAGGAGAGACAAGGAACUGUUUUUAUAUUAUAUGAACACCUGAAGAGAAACAAGUUGGGAAUGUUAACAAUCGGUGAAGAUCUCCAGGGGGUCCUCAUGACCUUUGCUCGAAAUCUCUUCAUCAUCCAUCAAGAAAUAUCAGCACCUAAUAUGCAAGGCGAGACCAAUUUUAAGACUGCCAUUGAUGACAUUGAAGCCAUUCUAGGAGUAACAGAGGAAAACAAAAUAAGAUUUGAAGAAGAGCUAAAACAGUCCAAAGAUGAUAAAAACCUCUCUAAACCUGAUAAAUGA